UUCUUUCUCUAUUGAACACAUGUAACCUAAACCAUGCCCAUCACAGCAUUUUUUUCCUUGUAGACUCCCGAGGCAGUGUUUUGGUUACUUUUCUCAGUGGGGUCUUUGGAUAAUCGCGCUAAGAGCAUUGUAGUCCUUGAUUUUUCGAAGUUGAAUCAUCAAUGCCCUGAUUACUGUUAUCUGUCAAAUGGGUUUUGGACAGUCCUCCAUUUAAGGGCAGACACAGUUGAUUCUUGUUCUUUAAGAGAGAGAAACUAGAGAGUUAGAGAGAGAGAGAGCUUUUCUGAUCUUCUUGGUUGUUCUUGAUUGCAUUUUUGGGGUUUUGAAAGUGAUUGAAGUCCAGAGCUUUGCUGAAAAGAUGAAGAAGACGAAAAAGGUUCCAAAGAAGGAAGAAAUUGCAGAGGAUUGGUGCUUUGCCUGCAAAGAUGGUGGAUUGCUUAUGGUCUGCGACUACAAGCAGUGUCUAAAAGCUUAUCAUCCCGAAUGCGUGGGGAAGGAUGAAUCAUUUUUGGAGACUGGAAGCCGUUGGACUUGCAAUUGGCAUUCUUGCUUCAUUUGCCACAGAACCUCAAAAUUUCAAUGUUUUUGCUGCCCAAAUGCUGUGUGCCAAAGCUGCAUCUCAGUUUCGGAGUUUGGGCAUGUUAGAGGAAAGAAAGGUUUCUGCAUUAAUUGUUUAAAGCUUGCACUACUUGUAGAGGAAAACAUGGACGUUGACUCUGAUGGGGAAAGGGUAGACUUCAAAGAUCGAGAAACUGUUGAGGGCCUAUUUAUGGAAUAUUGGGAUAUAAUCAAGGAAAAAGAAGGCUUGACUUUGGAAAAUCUCCAUUCUGCAGAUGCCCAGUUGAAGAAGAAUGAGAACUGUAAGUUUAGCUCCGAUUCAGAUGAUUCUAAUAAAAGCGAAGAUAGUCUACUAAUUUCUGAUUGUGAUGAUAAGAAUGACAUGGAUGAACAAAAGCCAGUGAGCAAAAGAAAGAGAUCCAAAGGGCAGCAGUUGAAUAGAAGAAAGGCAAAACCAAAUGAAGAAUUUAUUGGUUGGGGGUCGAAAUGUCUCAUGCAAUUUCUUGCAUCAAUUGGUAAAGACACAGGCGAAAAAUUAUCGCAUCAUGAAGUGACUUCUAUCAUAAAUAGAUACAUUAACGAAAACAAACUUUAUCUCCCAGAGAAGAAGAACAAGAUUGUAUGUGAUGCAAGGCUAAAAUUUGUUGUAGGGAGAAAAACAGUGAACCGACAUAGAAUACAUGACAUCUUGGAAGCCCAUUUUGCUGAGAACCUGGUGCAAUCAGAGGAGGAUGAGUUUGGAUACAAUUCAGAAGAUGAGGAGGAGAACGUCUCAGUGGCCUGUAAAAGGCAGAGAAAGCCAAGUAUAGAUAAUAAAUCUCAGAAAAAGGAGAAAUCUCAGAAAAAUGAGGUUCCGUUUGAUGUUAAGCAAACUUUUUUUGCGUCCAUUGUCCCUGAAAACAUUAAGCUUGUUUACUUGAAGAGGAGCUUAGUGAAAGAAUUAAUGAAGAGACCUGAAACUUUUGAAAGCCAGGUAACAGGAAGCUUUGUGAGAGUCAAAUCAGAACGGAAUGAUUAUUGUCGGAGAAAUUGUCAUGAGCUGGCACAAGUCACAGGCAUAAAGAAGGCUUCCAGUGGUGAAAAUAAUACAGAGGUUCUCCUGCAAAUAUCAAAUAUGCCAGAAGAUAUUCGCAUCUGCAUGCUGUCGGAUGAUGACUUAUCUGAGGAAGAAUGCGAAGAUUUGAGACAAAAAGUGAAAAGCGGCCAGCUGAAAAGGCCCACCCUUGUGGAGCUUGAAGAGAAGGCCAUAAGUCUGCAUGAGGAUAUAACAAAGCACUGGAUUGUCAAGGAGCUGGCAUUAUUACAACACCUCAUUGAUCAAGCAAAUGAGAAAGGAUGGAGAAACAAGCUUUAUGAAUACAUGGAGAGAAGAGAGCGGCUUCAGAGACCAGAGGAACAGUUACGGUUGCUACAAAAGCUUCCCAAGGUGAUUCCAGAUGUAACCUGGUUUGAACCUAUUGCUGAAGGCACUCUUAAAAAUGAUAUGCAAGGAGAUGAAGGCUCGCCAAAAUCAAUCCUCAUGGGGAGUUUGGAAACUCAGAGUAAAAAUAGGGAAGACAAAACUUCUUCAGGAAAGCAGCAUAACGCAUCUGCUCCUGACGAACUGUCUGAAGAAACUCAUAUUUUGGCUCCUGAGGUUCAACAUGAUGUCCUCCUGCAGAACAGCUUCAAAGCAUCUCCUGUUGAAGAACUGCCACAGCAGCCUAUUUUUCUUGCUCCCGUAAAUCAAUCUAAUGUUGUUGCUACUGAAAAGCAGAAUCAUCCAGUGGAUGCGAAACAGGAAUCGAAGGGAAACCAGGAGGCGUCAGAGUUUCAAUUUAUUGAAUUAAGUAGCAGUGACGAAGAUAAGUCAAGGGUCACAAUUGGAAAGCGGAAAGUUGGGAAACGGAAAAGCUCUUAAUGUCAUUGUUAUAAUGACGGGAGCCAGACUACUCCUUUUGUAUCAGAAUAUAUGGUUUGGAAGAUGACUCAAAACAAGGAAAUGUAGUCUCAUUGAAGAUGGGAUCAAAAGCCAAGAAAAAAUGACUCUCCUUUUGGGUACUGUCUGCCUGAAUUCCUCUAUUGAAGAAGUAGGUAACUUUCUUGUUCAUGUACAUAUAGUGCAAAUGUCCUAUCUUUUGGCACACCAACUUUUUCUCAGAACAGACCUCACAGCAAAACCAAAUGUUCGAAAAGUGGAUGUGUUCUUGAUGCUAGAUAUCAGGAUUGUGAAGAGAGGCAUAUUAUUUUAUCAACUCGUUUGCUUAAUAGACAUCGUCGUAGUUUGCUAUAUAUUCGAUAUCUCCUCCUGAUAUUUCCUUUUGUGCUUAA